CACCACCUGCCCCAGCUCACCUGGGAAAGUAGAGAAGGGUGGAGACCUCGUGGGUACCUGCAUGGCCGCCUGAGCCAGAGUGACCCACUACCUACCCACCACCUGCCCGGCUUCCCUGCUUUCCCUCCCCUGAUGGCUCGUCGAUCCCAAAGCUCUUCACAGGGGGACAACCCCCUUGACCCCAACUACCUUCCCCCCCACUACAAGGAGUAUUACCGCCUGGCCCUGGAUGUGCUCACAGAGGAGGGGAAGGAGAGUUACCAGCGCUUCCUGGCCGAGGAGGCAGCCCCCGAUUUCCUCUGUAGCUCUGAGGUAGACCACAUAAUCCAGAACCUCCAGAAGCCGCAGUAUGCCAACCAGGAGGGCAGCACGGACACUGCAGGGGACAAUGACAUGGAUGGAUCCUCCGGGACUUACUGGCCCAUGAACUCAGAUCUUGCUGUUCCUGAGCUUGACCUGGGCUGGCCGAUGGUCUUUGGGUUCAGGGGAACAGAGGUGACAACACUGGUGCAGCCACCCCCGCCAGACAACCCCAGCAUUAAAGAGGAGGCUCGCAGGAUGAUUCGAGCAGCUCAGCAGGUGGUGGCCAUUGUGAUGGACAUUUUCACGGAUGUGGAUCUGCUCUUUGAGGUGCUGGAUGCUGCUUCUCGCCGAGUGCCUGUCUACAUCCUGCUGGAUGAAAUGAACUCCCAGCUUUUCCUUGACACAGCUGCUAAGUGCAGAGUCAACCUGAACUAUGUGGAGUUCCUGAGGGUGAGGACAGUGUCUGGCCCGACCUACUACUGCCGCACGGGGAUGUCCUUCAAGGGGCACCUGAAGGAGAAGUUCCUGCUGGUGGACUGCAUGGUGGUGCUGAGCGGCAACUACAGUUUCAUGUGGUCCUUUGAGAAGAUUCACAGGAGUAUUGCACACAUCUUCCAGGGUGAGCUGGUGGCCAGCUUUGAUGAAGAAUUCCGCAUUUUGUUUGCACAGUCGGAACCUCUCGUUCCUCCAGCCAAUGUCUUGGCAAAGGCAGAAAAUUCGUUCGCCAUGGCUCCCUUUGGCAAUAACAUGCCUUUCUUUCCCAAAAAAGGCCCCCUGAUGUUCCAGAGGGAUGAGAGUCUCUUCCCCUCCUUCAUGGACAGAGUGGAUCCGGACAGGUACUUCCUCUCCAAUUUUCGACGGGAUGACAUGCUGCGGCACACUGUGGAGGGAUCAGCCAUGCGGAUGUAUAAAAAGGUGGAAAUGGAGAAUUCCCAGAUGGAUCCAGUCAGGGGUUUCCUCCGUUCCAAGCAGCUGGAGCUGGACGCUUUUAAGAGACACAGUUUUGCAGAAGGAACGUUUGAAAAUUUUGCUUCUGCCAAACAGUACACCCGGCAGAUGUUCAUGAACAACAUGGACGAGUUCAAAAUCCAAUCCAGUCAUUUCCAGAAGGACCAGUUCUACCAGUACCAGUUUGAACAUCCCCAUCUUUCUGGCAGACCUCAGGGAUUCUUUGAGAGGAUUCGAGGCGGGAGGCCAGGAUUCAAUGAACUGGAAGACUAUGGAGAGGGACCCCGAUACCCUGAACUGGAGCCCAGUUUCCCACAAGAGGGUUUCCCCUUACGGCUGGAUUACGUGCCCUCAAAUUCUUCCAGGGAGGUGAGACACAGCUCUGACCAGCUGAACCCUGCGGGCAAUGGCCCCAUGGGAAUGAUGCUACGGAGGCAGAAUAUAGGACAGAAAUUCAUUUGCCAGACUUCUCCCACGCAGAAGCAGAGCCUGGAGCAGCGCCUGUUCCUACAGGACAAGGAUGAAGACCAGGAUGAUGACAAGAGCACGCAGGAAAACAGAACAGGGUUACGGAACUGGAGGAUUUCUUCGUACCUCAGUGCAUACCAGUCUGAACCAGAUGAAGGGCUCCCAAUGCCGAUGGAGUCCGAGGCAUAUAACGAUGCUCUUGGGGAUCCCCUCACAAAGCACCCCACCGACCUCGUCCCAGCCUUCAAACCCUCCAUGCCUUUCAAUAGCAAGCCACUGGGAAUUGACAGUGCCAAAGAAUCUGCAGAUCCUGAUAGAGCAGGUGAAGAAACCUCUAUAAUGAAACCAGAUGCCUUCAGGUCCAGGAUAAAUCCCUUGAUCCAGAGGAGCUCCAGGCUCAGGUCCUCUCUGAUUUUCAGUGCUGCCAAAUUAGAUCAACCCAACACCACAAUAGAAAAGGUGCAGAUGAUCCAAAAAGAGCAAAUGUCCAGUGAGUUAACAAAGGACAAUGAAACGGUCAAGACAGCUGCCUCCUCCAAAGUGGCUGAGCUGCUGGAGAAGUACAAAGCUGUGGGCAAGGACAUGGAACGGGGCACAGUCACCCACACCAAAGCUGUUUCAGGUUACCUACAGGAGGAAUCACAGAACACAGAGAAGAAAUGUACCAAAUCUGUGCAGUAUAAGAUUCUGGAGAGCAGGGUGCUGGACUCCAAAGACUCCUGCAGUACUUACAAAAUGCAUGGAGAGUUGGACAGAGCAUUUGGAAUGGCCUCAUCCACCCCCCAGCUUGGGGAUGUGUUGAGUAAAGAUCCCCUGGCACAUCUUGGCACUAAGGUGGACAAGCUGUCAUCCCGAUUUUACCCCAUUGAGAACAAACCUCCUCUUCCAGAGAAGGAGAGCCUGAUAUUUGUAGGAGACACUCAGAAAUUGGCUCUUCCAGAGAAGAAGGACAGAGUGACCUUCAGAGAAGACUCUCCAAAAUUAGUCAACACAGAAAUGAAGAAACCACAGGUUAGGGCAAGUACUGCAUCCUCAGUUCUAGAAAGCCUGUCUAGAAGUCAAGGGUCUGACAGCUCUCUCAACAAAUCUGAGGAAGACUGUUCAAAACAAGAGCAGAACCCCAUGGAGUUUCUAAGAAAAGGGUCCCUACGGCUGAAGCAGCUUUUGAACCCAAAAGGUGAAAAGAAAUUGGAGGAGGAACCUGGUUCUGAGAGUGGGAAAUGUGACAAGCAGGCAGUGGUUCUCAAACGAUCAUCGAUAGCGGAUGGCCAGGAAGCAAUGGAAGAAGAAAAAACCCACAAAUUCACAGCACCUGUCCCUCCCAAGAGCAGCCAGACAACACAAGGGAGGUUUCCUUCCUCCACAGCCAACAUCCUGUACAGCAGCAACUUGCGUGACGACACCAAGGUGAUCCUGGAGCAGAUCUCUGCCAACAGCCAGAAGAACAGAGCCGAGCUGGCCAAGCAGCUGCCAUCCACCAGCAACCCUGACCUCUCCAGGUCGACCACAAGCUUGGAAAGAAAAGGGGAAAAGGAGAAAAGCUGCAACAUCCACAGGUCUGAGAGCUUUGGGAGCCAGAAACGGAACCUCCAGAGGCAGCCAUCAGAGGAUAGAGACACCCUCCUGAAAAAAAUGGAGAACAUGCGUAAGGAGAAGCGAGUCUACAGCAGGUUUGAGGUGUUCUGCAAGAAGGAUGAACACACGAGUCCCAGUGAAGAGGAGUAUGACACAGAUGCCAAAGACAAGAAAAUGGGAAAAUUCAUGCCCAAGAUCCUGGGGACCUUCAAGACCAAAAAAUGAUCCUAGAAAUCCUAUUUAAUUCCAUUUAAUCACUGACUGUCACGUGGAAACAAGGAAGAAACUUGUCUAUGAUGGCUACAAACCCCAGUGGCAAUACUCUUCUUGGUUAGUGAGCAGAAAUGUAUCCAGCAUGAGCCUCCCAUGGCACAGUUUGCUCAAUAAAGUCAGGUGGUAUCAAACAACCUUAUCACAAUAUGUUCCAAAUAAAACAAUUAAAAUGCCAACAUGCUUAAAAAACAAGUCUGUUACCGUACAAAACUAAGUGAUAGUCUCUAUUAAACCCAAGGAAUAUUUUCAGCAGACAAAACCAUUCAAAAAAGAAAAAAAAAAAAGAAUAGAAAAUUCAGUACUUGAUUUUGGGCCAGAAAAGAUAAAUGCAUACAGACACACAGGUAUUAACUGGAAAAAGUAUUUAAACCUCAGUGGUUUCUCAGGUGAA